AUGAAUUUGUCGGAGGCUUCGACGCCCCUGUCGCGACUGCUACCCCCACUUAUUCUAGGAGGGGCGGGGUUUAGUUAUCAAGUAUUCCGGAAUCCCAAUUCGGCUCAAGCAUUGGAAGUGUUAAAACGCGCGUUCCAGCUGGGUUUGCGAGCCAUCGACACCUCCGCUUACUAUCAUCCAUCCGAGUUACUUCUUGGUGAAGCGCUUUCACAUCCUGAUUUCGCUCUUCAUUACUCUCGAGACCAAUAUCUGUUGAUGACAAAGGUCGGCCGCAUCACGGCGACUCAGUUUGAUUACUCGCCAGCCUGGGUGCGACAAUCAGUCCUGCGCUCACUUCAACGGUUACGUACCAGUUACCUGGAUGUCGUCUUUUGCCACGAUGUUGAAUUUGUCCCCGACGAAGAGGUUCUGCAAGCUGUUGGGGUCCUACUAGAUAUGGUCCGCGAGGGCCGUAUCAAGUAUGUUGGAAUCUCGGGAUAUUGUAUCGACGUUCUUACCCGCAUCGCACGCCGUGUCCGUGAAGAGUAUUCCAGGCCGCUUGACAUCGUGCAAAACUGGGCGCAAAUGACUUUACAAAAUGAUCGCUUAGCUAGAGAAGGUCUAGCAGCGCUUCGGGAAGCUGGAGUUUCCUGUGUUUGCAACUCAAGCCCGCUGGCCAUUGGCCUCCUUCGAGCCAACGGUGUGCCAGUUGGGGACCUGGGGGACUUUCAUCCUGCGCCUCCAGGCUUGCGACUUGCGGCAAAAGAGGCAGCUGAGUAUGUUGCCGGGCAAGGGGAGUCGUUAGCAGCAUUGGCAUUACGGCAUUCCAUCCGUCGUGCUCAGUCCGAAUCAACUACCGAUCUCCGUGUCACCACCAUCAUGGGAGUCACUUCCAUUGCAGAGUUGGAGGACAAUCUUGCAACUGCUCGACAGGUCCUUCGAAUAUCUAAUGAACCGCGAUGGCUCUGGACGGUAGAUGCCGGCCCAUCCACAGACUUCGGGUCGAGCAAGCUGGAAGGGGAGGAAGAUCUCCAGGCUGCCGUGCGGGAAAUUUUGGGGUCAUGGUACGACUUUUGUUUCCCCAGUCCAGGCGACGGAUGGGAUGUGGCCGCCAAAAGACCAGUGGCCGCCGCACUGUGA